AUGGCUCAGCGGCAGCAUGUAGCGGCAAUCAACACAGCAACGGCUCACCAAGCUCAGCCCAGAGAGGGAGAGAAUUGGGGUGAUUACGAUGUGGCUGUGAAUGGCUUCCGCCGACAAAAGAGAGGGAGGAAACAUGGGAGAGCCGCUGCAAAACCCAUUGGUGAGCCACGUCGGCUUUUCGGCUCUUCGGCUCUUCGGCUUUUCAUCACAACCCACGUCGGUUGUAUUCCUCACAACCCAAUAGCAACCAUGGCCAUAGCCACUGCCACCGUCACCAACCCUUGA